ACCAGCGCUGGGGAGUGAAGACCAAAACAACCUUCUACUAGCCGCGUCAGACCUCGGGAUGACCGCGGGCAGCUUCGCCUUUUUCCUAGUCAGCACCCUCUUCGGAGUUCGGCUGGAUACCAAGGACUGGUUCAGACCGGAUCGGACCGGUCUGGACCAGCUGAGUGCGGCUUACGAGGCCGCAUUUGUAUUGACUGUGCAACCAGGUGGCCUUGGCGCGCAGUACGGAGAGGGAAUGGACAGGUUUUACAAGAUAUUGGAAGAGGAGCCGUUUGCUAGCAAGGUCAAAGGUCAUCAGGUUUCCACGCUGUUCGGUUACGUUUACGACUCCGUGUAUCUCUAUGCAAUAGCCGUCGGGUCGACAUGGGCGACCGUCAAGCCGUCCCCGACGGCUGUUUGGACCGCUAUGCGCAAUCUCACCUUCGAGGGCAUCUCGGGUAACGUCACCAUCGACGCUGAGGGCGCUCGGCUUUUUGAUUUCGUUCUGCUGGACUACAAGAGGGAUUCUCAGAGAUUUGGGGUAGUAAGGACUAUAGAACGGGUCUUUGACCAAAAUGAUGGGACAGCUUCAGGCCGAUAUGUGGUCCAGGAAUGGACGGGGAGUGAAAUCGAGUGGCCCGGUGGCGCUGUCCUAGACCCGGAUGAACAGUGCAUCUUGGACGGGACUGUCUGCCCGACAAGCGUCCCUGACGGCCCAGUGGUGUCCACGAUAAUAGCUGGCGUAGGUGGCGCCGUAGGCGUUUGUCUGGCAAUAAGUGUCGCCAUAGCGUUCUUUAUUAUAGUCAGGAGGAGAAUGUUGAAGAAGGAAAUGGCAAGUGGUUUGAACAAGGUCCUCAUGACGGACGGAGACCUGAUGUUUGAGAGGUCUCCUGGAGAGUUCGGAAGCUUACAUGGCAUCCCGGACGGACGAAGGACCCGCGGGAGCCAGCAGACGCUGAAGGAGCGGUCCGUCCACUCGGCCCACAGAAGGGAGUCGGUGCCGCUAAAGACUGAAGCCAAUAAGCAGUACAAAGUGGCCCGUUAUAAUGGAGAACUGGUUUUUGUCAAGAAUGUCAGGAAAUCUUCGUUCGAAAUGAAAAGCUCCCUUCUUCGACAGAUGAAGCUGGUUCGCGAUUUACGACAUGAAAACGUCAACCCCUUCGUGGGCUGCUACACGGAGCCGGGGGAUUACUACUGGGUGUACGAGUAUUGCACCAGGUUGAGUCUCAGGGAUAUCUAUAGCAAUGAAAACUUAAAAUUGGACUGGACGUUUAAGUCUUCUCUUCUGGUGGACCUGGUCUCAGGAAUGCGGUAUUUACAUAACAGUCCCAUCAAGCAACAUGGCCGACUGACGUCAUCAAAUUGCGUCAUCGACAGCAGAUGGGUCCUGAAAGUGACCGACUACGGAAUCCCGGCGAUGCUUUCCACGCAAAGUCAAAGCGAGGACAUUGAGCAAGAGCCCGAAGAGUUAUUAUGGACAGCACCCGAGUUACUCCGUGAUCCUAUUUUAAGGAGGACAGGAACACCAAAAGGAGAUUUUUAUAGCUUCGCGAUCAUCCUGUCGGAAGUCCUUACGAGAGCCGAACCCUUCUCUAUGCUUAGUAUCAACCCAAAAGAAAUAGUUGCCAAAGUCCGGAAGCCACCGCCUUUGUGCCGUCCCUCCGUGUCACAGAACGAAGCCCCGCGAGAAGUCAUUGAAAUCAUGAAGCAGUGCUGGUCGGAAAUGCCAGACAUGAGACUCGACUUCGUAUUCAUUUAUCAGGAACUGAAAAAGCUGAACAGGGGAAGGCGGGCCAACAUCGUGGACUCCAUGUUUAAGAUGUUGGAGAAAUACUCCAACCAUCUUGAGGAUCUGAUCCGGGAGAGGACGGCCGAACUGGAUGAGGAGAAAGCCAAGACAGACAUGCUGCUCAACCGGAUGCUGCCACCGAGCGUAGCUGCCGAGUUGAAGGCUGGUCGCACGGUGCCUCCCGUCAACUACUCCAGUGUCACCAUCUUCUUCUCAGACAUCGUCGGCUUCACCAACAUCUCAGCUCAAAGCACCGCCUUCCAAGUAGUGGACUUCUUAAAUGAUCUUUACACAGCCUUUGAUGACACGCUCACCUACCACGACGUGUACAAGGUGGAAACCAUCGGUGACGCCUACAUGGUCGCCAGUGGCCUACCGAUCACGAAUGGGAACAGACACGCGGGCGAGAUCGCUAAUCUGGCCCUGGAUCUCCUGCACGUGGCCGGCUUCGAGUUCACCAUCAGGCACAUGUCAGACAAGCCGCUCCGAUUGCGAAUCGGCAUUCAUUCGGGACAAUGUGCGGCAGGCGUGGUUGGCCUAGCAAUGCCGCGAUAUUGUCUAUUUGGAGACACGGUCAACACAGCGUCACGAAUGGAGUCUAAUGGCAUGGCCUUUCGCAUCCAUGUCAGUCAGCCCACCCUAAAUAUUCUUGAAGAACUUGGAGGAUAUCAUGUCCAUCUCAGAGGAGACAUUUACCUUAAGGGUAAAGGUAUGGCACGGACUUACUGGUUGACGGGUAGGGAUGGCUUCACUAAACAACUGCCGGAUUGGAAAAGUGCCGUAGAACCGGAGGCUCCAACACCGGGCAUUGUCCCCGAUCCACCGUCGACGAUAGUAACGUCCACCAUCAACCCCAAUACAUCGGAGGCUCCGCCCACGGACAGCCUGCUGCAAGGAGGCCUCGGGCAGCGCGUAGGCUCGGUGUCUAGUCUCCUGACUGUCCCUGAUGGCGGCUGCAGUGACAUUGAGAUCGAACCCGACGACAACUCCUCCCUGUCCAACGAUGAGGGCGUCCUGUCAACCGAGGCCAUGUCGACCAGUUUUUACUCUCGUACCAAAGACUUCUUCAGCAAUUUUCCCGGCAGCCGGCCCGGCAGCGGCAACAGCUUGGCCAAUCCGAGUAGUCGCCCCUCCAGCCGUCCCGGCAGCGCGAUCGAUCCGUCCAGUCGUCCGACAAGUCGAGUCUCCAGCCGUAUGUCGAACUUCCUGAACAGUAGCCGUCCUUCCAGUCGUUCGCCUUCCCCCGCGCCCGUGGGCAGUGCCUCGCCCAAGCCGCGCGCAGUACACAUCGUCAUCACGGACUCCGAUGUCAGCACCAAUGUCACAGCAACCGCGUAAAACUAAAGGUCGAAGGUCAAGGAACUCCAGCUGCAGUUCGUUAAGCUGACUUGUAUAAUUCCGAUGAUGAAGAGGAAUUGUAUUCGCCCGACAUGCACCCGUCCUAAGUUAUGUAGCUGCAAUUUCUUUCCCAUGCAGAUGUAAAUGUUUUUUCCCAGAAGAAUGAGCCCUUAUGCACGUAAUCUGGAUAUUCUAUUAGUUACUAAUUUUUUGGGUCUUUUUUCACUUCUUCUGUUCUUUUUCUACGGUUUGCCCUUUAUAAAUUUUACCCAUGUGUAUUCACUUCCAUAAAGUAGAAUAUUCAGGAUCCGUACAAAACGUACUUUGUAAACUGUAAUGACAUUUAACUACGAUACUGAUGAAACGCGUUCCAGUCUAGGUGGGCGCGGGUGUCUGGGAACUUUUUACAUUGGCUUAUCUAGCUCCCAGACCUAUGUUCUUGAAACUCAAUGGUUCUUGAGUCUGGAGUGCUGAAUGGUAUCACAUAGCAACCGAUGAAAACUGGUGUGCAAAUGAAUAGAUGUUUUCAUCGGAUGACGUCAGCUCGUCCCCACCUAUUGCUGUUUUUGAUUUUGGGCCGAAUCAUCACCUCAGAAAUUCAAUUGUACUCAUUUGGGGAAACCCACAGGAUAUGUACAGAGUAUAAUCGACACGAAUUUUGGGCCUAUAAAUAAUAAGCUAAUUUACAAUAUUUCAGCCGUGGGUAGAAGCGUCUCCCAUUCACCUUUAGUAAGAUAAGAGAACCCGUUGACAGCACAAAAUGCCUUUCUGUAUAAACGUAGAUGACUGUUCAAUUUAUAGCUUACCAAGUAAUAGUCAAAUAUCUUUGAUAUGAAAAUUAUGGGAUAUAAAGUUACUUGAUACGAACCUUAAUUGCACCAACGAAGCCUUGCCGAAAAGGAGUGGCUAUAUUGGCCUCUUUGGGAUAUGGCCGACGCAAUAUGAGGGCGCUAUUUGGCUUGGGUAAAUACAAAAGACUGCGUUUAUAAGUCUGUGGACUUUACCCAACUCAAACAGCGCCCUCCUAUGUGUCUGCAUUACCUCAAAUAGGCUAAUAAGUUUGACAUGAAUGUGGCUGGUGUUUUUACACUGAGGUUUGUGAGUGUAAGGGCCUAUGUCUUAUGAGUGUGCUCUAACCUUACUCUUUGAGGACAUGUGAACAAAAGAGGUCCGCAUGAUGUAGGAAGCGUGAACGCGUACUUGCCCACGUCCACACUAGGUUUCCCCCUCUCUGGGAAAACAGGCAUUUGGGAAUUUAGGUUUAUCCGUCGCAGAAUGAAGAGGAGCACGCAAUGAAAUCAUGAUAAACAAAUUUGAGUUGAAAGAGUGUUCACAGUGGGAGUAAAGGGGGUUUUUUCUCCGGUUUUUCUUAACUACACGAAUACAAAGGAAUGUCCACAGUAGGUGUGUGUACGGUAGGUCUGUCUGAGUGAACGGAUGUGUGAGGUUCUCAUGUGAGUGAAUUAUUGAGAUGGAGUGCUUGGGUGAGUGAGGCAAACAAACAAAUGUAAUUUGUAUAUAUAUUUAAGUACCGAAUAAGCUGCCGAUGAAACAUUUAAUAUCACAAAGAAUCACAGAAACUGAGGGAUAGCCUUGACUUUUUGCAGCUAAUUAUGAAGUGAACAAAGUAUUAUCCAUAGUCAAAGCAGUGUGUGUUUUAAAAACUAGAGUGCAAUAAUAUACAUAAACAGUAACAUGUACAGCUUAAUAUAUCUCUAUAAUAAAACGCAAAUGACAGUACCAAUUUAUUUUGAAGUUGUAUCCAAUUGAUUAACGUUUAAAUGUGUCCAUGCAUUAUAAGAAAUAUAUCUGAGUUGUUUGUCGAACAAGGUUGCACUAUUUUUUAUAUGCACUGUUUGUAUACUAUUACCGACACGAACACUAAUAAUUUUUAUGCAUGGAAUAACAAUGAUAAUUGUAUAGUUUGUUAAUGACAUAGUUUGAUAAGAUACAAUAUUUAAUGUUAUUGAGCAUAUUAUUGUGCAAUGCAAUUAACAGGAAGAUAAUUAAAACACAAUAAGAGUAACACA